AUGAAAGUCUUCUCUUGUCUUCUGGCCAUCGCCACGGUCACCUCAGUUGCAGCUUUUGACAUCCCGGAUGGUGCAUCUAUUACCCAACCCUGGAGACACAAAGGACGACCAUACUUUGGCUGGAACAGAAAAGACAGAUGGGGCAACAGUAUCGAAGAUGACCGCCGCAAGGUCACAAUUCGCGCGUCUGAAGAUGACACCGAUGACAUCUCAGCAGAUUUCGUUUGGGCUCUGGAACAAGCACAGAAUGGAGGACUCGUGCAUCUCGAGGAAGGAAAGACAUACAUAAUUGGCAAGAAGGUUGAUCUUCCAGUACUCAACGAUGUAUACAUCAAGCUCGAUGGUACCUUGAAGUUUACCGACGACGUAGAGUACUGGCAGAACAACUACUUCUAUUAUCCCUUCCAGAAGAGUAUCACCUUCAUGGUCUGGAGUGGAAAGAACAUCAAGAUCUACGGCAAAGGAACGAUGGAUGGGAAUGGACAAGCGUGGUACAACGGCUUUGCUGGCCGCGAAAUUUUGGAUGCUAGUAACACUUAUUACCGUCCCAUCCUAUUCUUGACUGACAACGCUACCAAUAUCGACAUUGAAGGUAUCACUUUCCUGAAUAGCCCGUGUUGGACAACUUUUCUGGUCCGUACUAAGGAUGUCUCCUUCGACAAUGUAUACAUCGAAGCCUUCAGCAACAAUGCAUCAGCCCUUCCCAAAAACACUGACGGCUUCGACUCGCUCAAUGUUGAUGGCCUGACUGUCACGAACACUCGUGUCAACGUUGGCGAUGACUGCUUCUCACCCAAACCAAAUACGACCAACAUCUACGUGGAGAAUCUUUGGUGCAAUGGCACUCAUGGCGUAUCUAUGGGAUCAAUUGGUCAAUACCCCGGAAUCAAAGAUUAUGUUUCCAACGCCUACAUGAAGAACAUCACUUUACUCAACGGCCAAAACGGUGCCAGACUGAAGGCAUGGGCAGGACCAGAAGUAGGCUACGGCUACAUCUCCAACAUAACCUACGAAAACGUGCACAUCGAAAACACCGACGCACCAAUCGUGCUCGAUCAAUGCUAUUUCAACAUCAACGAAACAACCUGCGCUACCUAUCCUUCCAAAGUCAACAUUACCGAUAUCAAGUUUAUCAACUUCACUGGUUCAUCCUCUGGAAAGGAUAACAGAGUUGUUGCGGAUUUGACUUGCAGUCCUGGGGCUACUUGUAGUGGGAUCGAGUUGCAAGAGAUUGAGAUCACUAGUCCUAAUGGCACGGCAGAGAUUGUGUGUAAUAAUAUUGAGGGGGGUGUUGGGGUGCCGUGUGUGUCAGAGGCAGAUGCUGACAGUUAG